AAACCCAGAUCUUGCCUCCUUCACUUCACUCGAGGCCUCUGAGAAACCCUAGCCCCAAAAUCUUCCGAUCCCCAAAUCUCAAUUUCUUUAGGGUUUCUGAAAUCCCCCAAAUUGGUGGUGAAUUCCAAUACCCAUUUUGAUGUAGAUUUCAAUUCGACGGAGAAUGUAGAUUGAAGGUGGCCAAACUAUGGACCGGGGUGUGUGGUACGAUACUAAGCCUGCAAAGGUCUCAAAAAGGGUGUGGUUAGUUAUUCAUAAAACAAUGGUAGUCCUCGUGGGUGGGAAUCACACCUCCUCCAGGUUUUGCACUCGCUAAUCUUUUUCGCUCAUUAUCAGCUUGGUUUUUUCACUCCUUCUUGGAAUUUCCUUUUCCAGAAUUUUUUUGUUUUGUUUUUUGCAAUCAAAGAAAGUUCUCAAACUCUGCUCUCUGAGAAGAGAGACCUUGUUCUUUCGCGCGAAAGAAAGAGCACAAGUCAUGGAUUUGAAGCUCAAGAAACUCCAGAUCCUUCACGGAUCUGUAGCCCGGCGCGUGUUUUACCGCUCAUUCUUUAUCGCCGUGGCUAUGUCUGUAAUUCCCUUGGUUCACAUUCUGUCCGGUUCUUACAUGAAAAUGUUCAGCUUUGUGAACACUAUUGACUGUGCCUCCGGAAUGGGCCGUGACAAUGUCAACCUGGACCCGGGCAAGUUCAUCUUUCAGACCCGGUUUCUGAAUCCCAUUUGGGGUACUUUGGUGCAGUGCGAGCAAGAUGUGAACCUGACUGUCAGUGUGGUCAGAGAGCUAAUGGGCGAGCAGCUUUUGAACGGUGAUAAAGCUCUCUGUGUCGGUGAAAGAUCGGCCUCGGCCGUGAUGGCGUUGCAAGAUUUGGGGUUUCCCAAUGCUCGUGGUGUUUAUGAACACCGAUUCUUCUCCCUCAAGCGCAAACGGUUUGUGUAUGAGAUUUACUAUGAGGACAAGUCUUUCGAUUUCGUGUUCUGCAGGGAUCUAGACAAGGUUUCAGUCCCUGCUCUGCUUGUGCUCGAGAUUGAGCGCGUUCUUAGCCCAGGUGGAAUUGGGGCUAUGCUUGUUGGUAGCAGUGGUUUGGCUCCGAAUAGCCUGAUUAGGUCUGCUACCCCAAUUUCUUCAUUGCUGAAGAGCUCCAGUGUCGUGCAUGUUAGUUAUAUCAGCAAUUUCACACUGGUUGUGUUCAGGAAGAGUUACGAAAAUGCUGGUCUAUUUGAGCAGUAUCGCCUUCCGGCUGACUGCCAAUCCCUCACAAACAAUAGACCUUUGAUCGAGAAAAUGGAGCCUCUUGUGAAGGAAAAGCCAGUGGAGGACGGGAAGAUGGCUACUUAUCUGCCUAAUUUUAUUGAUGUUUCCUCAAAGAAGCGGUUGGUCUAUAUCGACAUUGGGGCAGCAGAGCACCUGAAAUCAAAUGUCACAGACUGGUUCCUGCCUUCUUAUCCGAUUACACACAGAGCUUUCCAUGUCUAUUUUGUUGACCACAACACUUCUGUGCUAUUGUCCUAUGUCAAAAAGCCGGGAAUCACCUUCGUUUAUCAUCCAGGGCUGGCUGGAAUUAAGGACAAGAACAAUGUUAACAUCGAAGCAGAUGCAGAGCCCUAUGUCGCAGAUGAAGGGUUUGAUUUUCUUGUUUGGUUUAAAGAAACAGUGCAGCAUGCCGAGUUUGUGGUGCUGAAGAUGAAUGCAGGCAGUGUAGAAUUGAAGUUCCUGAGGGAUCUGUUUGAGAGUGGAGCCAUAUGCUUUGUCGACGAGCUGUUUCUUCACUGCUCUGGCCACAUAGACGGGGAAGGUCCAAUGCCGGUAGACUGCAUGGACAUCUUCAAGAGCCUCCGCAGCAGUGGUGUGUAUGUGCAUCAGUGGUGGGGAGAAGACAACCCCGUCGAUGUUCUGUGAUGGGGACGUUUGAUCCGAUAAUCUCAUGAUGUGAUCGUGUUGUUAAGUUAUCGUGUGGCGAAGGAACAUCUAAUUGCUCUUAUGGUUGGGGCAAUAUUAUUAAGCUAAAUAAGCAACCAUUGUUAUGUUUUGUGUGGUGUUUGGUGUUGAAGGAUGUCUUCUAGGAUGAAAAAAAAUCCAAGACUCCCACCAUUGUGUUGUUGUUGCUUUGUGGUUGGUUGGCCUAUUUGAGCUUUCCAGCUUAACUAUAAAUUAUUAAUCAUUUGAUGUGUACUUGUUUGUA